AUGAAAAUUAGUCCUUUUUCUACUUUAGAAGAAAAUUUAGUUCAAAAAAAUCAGAAAAACGUAGUUGUUAAAGAUUAUGAAAAUUGUGAACCAAUGUAUAACAUUUUUCAAAAAAAUUGUGAUGAAAAUAUUCGCAAUUUAUACUUCAGAUUAAAAGAGCAAACGUCUAAUUCUCUAGAAAAAGCUAAUCAAGCAACAAGUACUUCGACUGCAGAAACUCUAGGAAAUAUUAAAUUAGAUGAAUGUGAAAAAGUUUUUAAAGAUUAUAAAAAACAUAAAAACGUAUUUCCUAAUCUCAGUGCAUAUUGUAGUAAGAACUAUAAAAAUGAAUGCGAUGAAGUAGUAAAAGGAAUAGAUAAAAUAUGCGAAAAUCUAAAAAGCACGUUUGAAAAGUUUGGACUUGAUUCUAGAAAAAGUAUUAUUACUACAUUAUGGGGUAGCAAAAGCAAUAUAACUAUACGUCAAUGCUCUGCAUUUACUCAACAAUGUUACUACUUUGUAGCUCUUUGUCCUAAUGAGGAUCUAUGCAAAAUGUUAGAUCUUUUUUGGCUUAAAGCACGAUAUAAAAUAUCUAACUUAAAUGUUAUAUGGAAAAAGUUCAGAGGGUUACCUUCCAAUAAUUUUACUAUUUUUAAUCCUAGGAACCGAAUGUCUAAUAACUCUUUCUUACUUAAACAUAUUCCAGAAGUAUGUGCUGAGUUAGGAGGAGCUAAUGAAAUGUUAUUUAGAUGGUGUUUAGAUGGCAUUUCUAACCCUAACAGCCUUUAUGAAAAAUUUUGGGAUGAUGUUUCAGCAAGACAAUGA